AUGAUUCAAGUCAUUAAGUUCUUCAUCCGUGCAAGCGGGCAGGUGUUUGCAAGGACUUCGGAGGGUGUUGUGUGGAUCUGUCGCGGAAUUCAGGCAUGGUUACAGCUCAGCCUCCGUCAAGACAAAGUCAAACUCACCGACUCGGCAGGAUGCCGGAACAUCAUCCAAGCCAAAGUCGUUCAGCGACCUGGAAGCGAAGCACAGCUCAAGAACCUGAUCCCACCCUUCGAGUCCAGAGCAAAACCGAACAAACGCCUGGUCCAUGCUUUUGGAAUCAACAACUGCUUCACCACAGCCGAGCCGCAGCGCUGUACGACUUUCAGAUUGGAGGCGACUCGCCUCAUCCGCCUACGUGGUCCGGAAUGGAAGGAACUCAGCCAAACAGUGCUACAAGUCGUCAAGCACUCUGUCCCGCUCCAGACUCAAGCCAAAAGCAACCUGUUCAAUCUCAUGCAGAUCGUCACUAUGAAGUCGAUUCUGGGACCCCUCUGCGGGUUCGAUUCUUCCCGCUCUGACGUUGACGGCGAGCUCCAAACUCUCGCGAAAGAGAUCAACCGACAGUGGCUCGACUCAAAAGAAGGCUUAGAGAAAGAGACCGAGUUCGCCAAUCAACCCAAACUCAAGAGCGCCCUGAAAGCCAUUGCGCCGACAUGGGAUGGUCUCGAUGACACUCACAAUCCGCUCAAUUUCAUCCUGCCUGGUUACGAGACACUGUGGCGAGUCGUACUUCGCGGCUUCCUGGAGGUGAUGUACAGAGCGAACGAGCGAGACAGUGCAAACUGGCGUCAUGCGCUGGAAGACUUCGCUCUCAAUCCUACUCUGGCUCAGCUGGACAAAGUCCACACAGAUUACGGCAAAGUAUCGACGUGCAUGAUAGUUGAAGAGACGCUCCGCCUCUAUCCACCAACCCGACGAAUUUAUCGCACGUUCAAGGUCGCCGAGGAUGAGGAAUUCGAGGCGGCCGCAGACAUCGAGGGCCUUCAUCGGAGCGCGGCGGCUUGGGGCAACGACGCUCUGUUCUUCAACCCGAGCCGAUGGGCGGACAAAGUCAACGACACCAAUUUCCGGAACGACAACUUCAUGCCUUUCGGUACCAAGCCGUUCACCUGCGUUGCGAAAACCGGGCUUGUCAACGAAGCCAGAGAGAAAUGCUUGCCAUUUGGUGUGAGUAUCAUUGCGAUCCUCCUAGGCUGCUUCUCCGCUGAAGUUCCUGCUGGUAUGACACCGGGUGGUGGAGGCGCCGAUGGUACAUGGUCCACGGAUCAGCCGUUGAAGACUGGCAGGGAGGACUACCGCGAUGUGAUGAUUGGUUACUAG